AUGUCCGUCUUGCAGUUCAACCUCAAUGGCUUCAAGCCAGGCGAUCCUCACGAUCUCUACCGCGCACAUGAACAAGGCAACAACACAAUCCAAAACAACAUCCCGGAAGAAGUCGAUGUCCUGAUCGUUGGCUCCGGGCCAGCAGGGCUCGCGGUUGCAGCCCAGCUCUCACUCUUCCCAAACAUCACCACACGACUUGUGGAGCAAAAGGCCGAACGACUGACCUUGGGUCAAGCCGAUGGCCUUCAAGUCCGUAGCAUCGAAAUGUUUGAGGCCUACGGUUUCAGCGAGAGGGUACUCAAGGAAGCCUAUUACAUCAACGAAACCACAUUCUGGAAGCCUGAUGAGAAGAACCCCGAGCACAUCAUCAGAAGUGGCAGGAUCAACGACAUUGAAGACGGCCUUACAGAGUUCCCGCAUGUCAUUCUCAAUCAAGCAAGGGUGCAUGACUUCUUUCUUGAUGUCAUGCUUAGAUCGCCGACAAGAUUGCAACCAAGUUAUUCACGCAAGCUCAAACAACUCGCCUUGCUGCCAGCAAAGGACAACUCCUCUCAAGAUACAUCUACUGUGCAAGUGCAGCUCGAAAGAACAGAUCCUGAACACGAAGGAGAAGUCGAAAACGUGCGUGCCAGAUAUGUGGUAGGCUGCGACGGAGCUCGUAGUGCCGCACGUCAAGCCCUUGGUCUCAAACUCGAAGGCGACUCUGCAAACCAAGCAUGGGGUGUCAUGGACGUGCUCGCUGUAUCCGACUUUCCAGACUGGAGAACCAAGACUGCUAUCCACUCAGCAACCCAAGGCAGCAUCGUGAUCAUCCCCAGAGAAGGAGGUUAUCUUGUACGCCUUUACAUCGAACUCAACAAACUUUCCGCCAACGAGCGUGUCUCGAGCAAAAAGUUCUCAGCAGAAAAGCUCAUCGAAACCGCAAAGCGCAUCUUCCACCCCUAUACAUUAGACGUCAAGGAAGUGGUCUGGCACUCCGUCUAUGAGAUCGGUCAACGACUCUGCAGCAGAUUUGACAACCUAACUGCACAACAAGCCGAGACCGAGUACCCAAACAUCUUCAUCGCUGGCGACGCAUGCCACACCCACAGUCCCAAAGCCGGUCAAGGCAUGAAUGUGAGCAUGCAAGAUGGCUUCAAUCUAGCAUGGAAGCUAGCCUCUGUGCUCAAUGGCACAGCAACACCGUCCAUCCUCCACACCUACUCAACCGAACGUCAAAAAGUGGCUACAGACUUGAUAAACUUCGACCGCGAGAUUGCGUCUAUGUUCAGUGCUCGACCAAAGAAAGACGCCAACGACAAAGAAGGAAUCGAUCCUGCUGAAUUCCAGGCUUUCUUCGUGAAACAAGGCAUAUACAUGGCAGGCCUGGGAACAGCAUAUGCUCCUUCCCUCAUCACCGCCAACCCCAUCCAUCAAGACUUGGCAAAAGGCUUUCCGAUUGGUGAGCGUUUACAUUCAGCACCCGUGAUCCGUCUUGCAGACGCAAAGCCCAUCCAACUAGGUCAUAUCGUCAAAGCAGAUGGUAGAUGGAGAGUCUUUGUGUUUGCUUCUGCCGAAGACCCUGCAUCUGCAACUUCGUCGUUCCAAGUUGCUUGCAAAGCUAUUGCAGAGAUAGUGAGCAAGUUUACAUCAGUGGGGGCUGAUGUUGACUCCCUCAUCGAUGUUCGGGGCAUCGUACAGCAGGGACAUGCUUCGUUGAACAUUAAUGACAUGCCCGCCAUCGUGUGGCCGCAGAAAGGAAAAUAUGGGCUGCGAGACUACGAGAAGAUAUUCUGUGCAGAGGCUGUCGUGGGGUGCAAAGAUAUCUUCACAGCUCGAGAUAUCGAUCGUCAGAAAGGUUGCGUUCUUGUCGUGAGACCUGAUCAAUACGUCGCCAACAUUCUACCUCUACAUGACCACGGUGGGCUUGAAAACUUCUUCGGAGGGUUUAUGCGAGCAAGGGCUUGA